AACCCUGAAGCAAAUAUGAAUAUUAGCCAAAUUAUUUCCUACUGGGGCUACCCAGAUGAAGAGUAUGAUAUUACGACUGAGGAUGGUUAUAUCCUUGGCCUUUACAGAAUUCCUUAUGGGAAGACAAAAAACGAUAACAAUUCAGCUCAGAGGCUUGUUGUGUACUUGCAACAUGGUUUGCUCACAUCUGCCAGCAGCUGGAUUUCCAAUCUUCCUAACAACAGCCUAGGCUUCCUUCUGGCAGAUGCUGGUUAUGAUGUAUGGAUGGGAAACAGCAGAGGGACUACUUGGUCCAGGAAACACUUGUACCUAAAAACAAAUUCCAAAGAAUUCUGGGCUUUCAGUUUUGAUGAGAUGGCUAAAUAUGACCUUCCAGCCUCCAUUGAUUUCAUUGUGAAGCAGACCCAACAAGAGCAAAUAUUUUAUGUAGGCCAUUCACAAGGCACUACCAUUGCGUUCAUAACAUUUUCCACAAUACCAAAGAUAGCUGAAAGAAUCAAAAUAUUUUUUGCCUUAGCGCCAAUUUUUUCCAUUAAAUACUCAGAAAGCCCUUUAAUUAAAAUGGCAUACAACUGGAAGUCAGUGAUCAAGUUUUUUUCUGGCAGCAAAGACUUCUUAUCUAAUACCUCCUUUAAAAGAUUUGUUGGUUCAAAGCUGUGUCCACUGAAGAUUUUUGAUAACAUUUGCCGUGAUAUCUUGUUUAUGAUAGCUGGAUAUGACCUGAAGAACUUAAAUAUGAGUCGUGUGGAUGUGUAUAUGUCACAAAACCCAGCAGGAACAUCUGUUCAAAACAUGCUCCACUGGAGUCAGCUUUUUAAUUCUAGUCACUUGAAAGCUUUUGACUGGGGCAGUCCUGUUCUGAACUUGGUUCAUUUUAAUCAGACAACUUCUCCAUUGUACAAUGUGGCAAACAUGAAUGUGCCAACUGCAACUUGGAAUGGUGAAAGUGACUUGUUGGCUGAUCCUGAAGAUGUUAAAAUUUUACUUUCUGAAAUCAAAAACCAUAUUUACCAUAAAACUAUUUCUUACUAUAAUCAUAUAGACUUUUUGUUUGGAUUAGAUGUAUAUCAUCAGGUUUACCGUGAGAUCAUUGAUAUUAUCCAGGGAAAUCCAUAA